UAGUUUUCCAGUAUUAAAAACAGCUAGAUUUUACAGAAACUAGCCAAGUUGGCAGCACUGCUAACGAACAAUUUGCAAGCAGCUCCAGGUGUCCGGCGUCGAGAGUCAACAACAAAUGCGAAUGCUCUGGAUUUGACGAAACCAACAGCCAAACAUAAAGACCCAACGCUCCCUGGCCAACGGAUGCCGUUGUAUCGCUAGUGGCUAUUGCCGGGAUAUUGCCGAGAUUGCCUGAAUCCUCAGCGUCGCAUGGUCAGCACUUAACAGGAAAGCAGAAGAGACGCGAUCUUUAAGGCUCGCGGGGCCUCGGAUUGAGAUCUCGUCGUGGCCACGGACCCUAACAAGGCGCAAUAAUGGCUUCGAAGAAGGUGCCAGCUGUUGUCGAUCUCGACGCGGAAGAAGAUGUGGUCAAGGCUACCGAAGCGAAGAAAGCCAUGGUGGUGAAUAUUUUGGACAGCUUAGUUGCUGAACGUCAGCUCAUCCGCCUUGUCCGAGGCCAGCCGGCGUUGUACGAUGGCAGGAAUCCGCAUUUCCAGGACGAUGCCUACAAGGAUCGGGCGUGGCAUCGCAUCAGCCGGCGACUGAACGCCGAAGUGUCCGAGUGCCUGAGUGCUUGGGCGGAGCUACGCUACCGUUUCCAGCGGCACGUGCGUCGCCUCCACGCCCACAACCAGAGUGUAAUGGAAAAGAAACGUCGCCGGCGUCCCAACUUUAUAUUCGAGGAGGAAAUGCUAUUCCUGUACCCGCAUGUCUCGCGCUUUACGCAUCACAGGUCCACCCCGGUGGAGGUAACAGAGUUUGUGGCCCAUACAGAGCCCAUGCCAGAUGUGGUUAUCGUGGAGCCGACCAUUGACGUGAUUGACGUGGAGCUGGUGGGGCCGAGCAAGUUCCAAUGUACGAAGAACAGUCAGAAACUGAUCGAGGCAGUGCUGGCCUACCCCCAGCUGUACGAUGCAACGCAACCGGGCUACGAUAACCAUUGGCAAAUGGGUAUGAUUUGGAGCUCCAUUGCCAACGAGCUGCGCGACAAGGGCACCAAGCUGAUGAAGAUGUGGCUGAAGCUGGUGAUCCGCUACGAAUGGGAGCUCAAUCGCACCACCAAGGAGGAGAUGGCCGUCUCAGAGCUCUGCCAGCUGAUGGUGCAAAUGAUGCCGCAUAUAAAGAAGCGGCCGGGCACCGUUUACAAGGUCUCCAAGUACCUGAAGGUCGACUGGCACGAGCCCAUCGAGCACUUCAAGACCGUGCAGCUGCUGAUCGACGCCAUCCAGUCCGAUCCGGAACUGGUGGCGAUGGUGGAGGAUCAUGCCGACAGCAGUACGAAGCCGCUGUGUUACGACGAAAUGUGGCAUAAGAUCGGCGAGAAAGUGUCCUGCUGUCCGCAGCGCUGCGAGGUGACCUGGCUGGUGAUGCGCGCCUUCCACAACGAACUGAUGCUGAUGCGCAAUGCCGGCUAUCAGCUGCAGGACAAGUGGUUCUUCGAGCAUCUCAUCCACGAUAUAUUCAAGACCUACAAUUCGCGCGACCCCCGCAAGACGACCAACAAGAGGACCCUCAACGGGGAUCUCUCCGCCACGGAGGUGGCAGCGAUAGCUACCGCCGGUGAACCGCCGGCCAAGAAGCCAUCCAAGCUUUUCAAGUCCCCGGGUGUGGUCAGUGCUCUGUCAGCGUCGUCGAAGCUAGCGAAUCCCCCGAAACCGCUCCAGCCACCAAAACCGAUUCAGACGAAAACCGGACUUCCGCCAAAGGGUAUUCCGCCGCCGAAGGGUAUGAGCUCGCCAAAGGUUGUUCUCCCUGUGAAGGGCAAUCCUUCGCCAAAGGUGGCACCAUCAGUGAAGGCUAUACCAGCCAAGGGGGCAUCAUUGCCGAAAAGUAUUCCAACGUCGGGCACGAAAGUACCGUUUCAACAGCCGAAGCUACCGACACCGCUACGUCUGCCGCUGGCCAUCGUCUACCCGCCCGCGAAGAAGUUCCCCACACCCACCCCCAACCCUAGUCUUCGUCCCAGCUCGACACCGAUCCGCGCCACCGACAGUCCCAGCACCUCCAGCUCCUCCAUCUGGAGACAAGGCUCACCCGCCACCACCGGCAAUGUGCCAGUGGCAGCGAGUUCCGGUUCGAAUGAGGAGAUAUCGCCACCAGUGUUCUUCAUCCCCAAGACACCGGGCGCCAUCAGUGCGUCAUCUCCAAGCCAGAAGCCUGCGAACCAGCCGCACAUCCCAAAUCUGGCACAAAAGUCUCCGGUAGCUUCUAGUCCGGCUAAUGUUUCGCCACUUGUUGCAAAUGGCUUUCCGGCGGGUCUAACCGUGCGGGCCAAGAUGGGAGUGCCCACGUCGCAGUUGCCAGUGGUCCGGGCGGUGAAUCUGCCCAUUGCGAAUCAUCAGACGCCACCGUUACCCGCCAAGUCGUCGCUCCUGGAGGUGGUGCUGAGGGAAUCGGUGGCCCGGCAAUCUCAAGAGAAGAUCCCACCUUCGUGGCCAUCUUCUGGACUUCAAGUGCGCAUGCCACACCAAGGAAACCUAUCGUUGAAGGCGCCAGUACAGUUGCCGCCUCAGCCUGUGGUGGCGAUGCCUUCGCUACCAGCUCCCACGAACGUCGGUGCCCCCAUGGUGGUAAUCCAAACAUCGGCGCUGCCCAGCGGCUGGGAGAUCGCCGGUCCCGUUAACGCCACUGCGAAAAAGAAACCUGCACCGGAAGCUUGUAAUCCUGCCAAGAGCGUAACCAUUUCCUUGGUAAAUUCUCAACAAGGUCAAGAGAAUACCUCAAGCUCGAUUGCUGAGGAGACAUCUCCUGCAGCCACGCCAUCGGGAAUAUCUCAGACCCCCCAAGCAGAACCCAAACCAACCAAAGCCAACUCCAAGCAAGCCCUACGAGCUUACAGGAAAAUAGCACCAGCUCCUCCGCCACCUAAGCUGGUGGCAGUCACACCAAUACCACCACCAUCCACGGUGGCAGCUGAUGCCGAGUCCGAGAACAGAGCCGCCGAGGAGACCGAUUCGUCCAGUGAAGCGGAGCAGAGCGUGGAAGCUAUCAAGGUGCGGCUGAUGGAGUCCAACAAUGGCCGGCUACUGGUUAUCUGGGGCGGCUGUCUCAUCACUCGCUACCACUUCAACAUGACGCGAACGGCCAUGCUCAUCCAGGAGAUAAUGGCUGUUCCGCAGCUGCACAAUAAGGAUCCCCAGCUGGCGGACAAACGCGCCGAAUUCUGGAGCUUGAUUGCUAAGAAGUUUCAAAUACCAGAUGAGGGCGCGCAGGCCUGCUGGAAGUUUCUGGUGAAGAACAUGUGCUUCUUCCCCUCGAUAGCACCCAUGUCGGAGCUAAUGGGUCCGUAUAGGACUAGUCUAAAGGUCUGGGAGAAGUCGAAUCGAUUGUUCAGCAAGUUUGAUGAAAUCGCUAGGAAGUACAAGUGGAUGGAGCACCGGGAGAAGCUUCCAGAUCUGAUACGGCACUUUCAGCGGCACGAGCACCUGUACUGGGAGAUGAGGAGUGCUCGCCCGGGGGAAUCGGAGCCCCAACUCCGGCAGUACACCGAUCAGGAGCGUCAAGAAGUUUGGCGCGAGGCGAAGAUCAAGUUUCCCAACUUGAAUCAUCGGGAUAUCUGGUCCAUGUUCAAGUUCGCUUUCCGCACAUAUAUGGAGGAUUUGGAGCACGGCGUUGAGAAUCCGUGGCCGCAAAACUGGUGGCGGGCAUUGGAGCAGCUUCGAUUUUUAAUCGAUGUACGCUACCAUCCGCUGGAGCCAUUCUACUAUAUCGUCCACCAGAAGGUGCAUGAGGAGGUGAAGCGAUGCAGCAUGUACGAGGACCUUAUGGCCAGUGGCGACCAGAGCGGGAAACGGGGGGCCUCCCAUGUCGUGAUGUACCUCUCCCAACGGCAACUGCCCUGGGAGUCGGAGGAGGCGAUACGCUUGCUAACUGGACGCUUGAGCGGACAUGAUGGACGCCAAAAAGCAGCAUCAAUGGAGCGUUUACACGUUUCUGACUCGGAUGACCCUCCAACUCCAACUAAAGCACCAAAACCCGCAUCAGAUUCUGCUCCAGUUCCUGUUCAGGCUCAAGUUCCAGCUCUGGUUUCAACUCCUCUUCCUGCUCCUGUUCCUGCUCCUAUUCCUGCUUCUCUCGUGGCUCCUACUUCCGUUGCUGCUCCUCCAGCAACUGCUCCUGUUCACGCUCCUGUUUGUGUCUCGAUUCCCAUAUCAGUGCUGGCUCCUGCCUCUCCGGCAAGAUCUGCGGCCGCUUCCCUGCCCGUGGCUGCUCGCGCCACAUCGACCUUGACCCCAGCAUCUACCCUCCCAGUCCCUACAUCUACACCAGCAGCUCCGUCUCGUACUUCAUCCUCCUCACCCAUCUCAAUUCCGGAUACACCUCCGGAUGGUUCAGCUACUGCUCCCGCUCCUGGUCGAUCAGUUGCCUCCUCUUCUGCUCCCGCUCCUGGUCGAUCAGUUGCCUCCUCUUCUGCUCCCACUCCUGCUCCCGCUUCUAUUCCCAAAACUGCUCCGGUGGUCUUUGCCAAGCCCAAGGCAGCACCAGCUGCCGCAACCAGCGGCAAGGCUAGUCGGCGUCACCGGCCACGUCGAAAGCUAGUUGGCAGACCCAAACGCUAUUACCUCCCCACGCUCGAUGCCUUCCAGGUGACGCGGGUCCUGCGCAGCCAUCCCCAGACCUACGAAAAGGCCUCCACAAUCGAAAAACGCGCCGAUUGGGUGCGCGUCUCCAAGCAGUUGGACGUAUCAGUGACCGAGUGCCGUCUGGGUCUUCAGCAUGCGCUGCGAGAGAUGCGAAUCCUGAAGAUAGUUGACCCCACAAAUCGCUGCACGAUGGGCCACAAGUACUAUCGCUACAUGAACGAGAUGUACACGCUGGUGAAGCCGCAGGGGCAGGGUCUCAUUGUCCGGACACCACAGCAGCUCAACCAGCUGGACCGGAGGGAGGCCGACGACGAUGCCGUCGAGCCGAUAGACACGAAACAUUUUCGGCCCGAGAUCAACACGACCAGCUGUGAGCUGAGUCUGGUGCUGAAGAACUGGGCCCAGGCUGUGGGCACUUUCUCGGCCGCCGACCAGAACGCGUUGGCCGCCAAGCUGAGCGCUGUCUUCGACAAGUAUACCGCCGUAGAUGAGGAUGAUGAUGAAUUUGAAGAAGAAGAUUUGACCCACGAGGACCAGGACGAAACGGAACUGCCCUAGCGCCAU